UCUGAAGUCAUGAUCAGCAUGGAGUGUGGGCAGUGGUUGAAGUGGUUAAUACUUGCACUGAUAUGUCCUCUCACUACAGCUGCUCCAUCCGGAGAUGGUUCAUGUCCCGAAGAGAAUCUAAGCAUUGCAGGAGGGAGUUUUGCUCUUUCUAAUGGCUAUUCAGAUGGGAGUUAUCUGACAUACAUUUGUCCAGAUGAACAUUACCCAUCUAUUCCAUCACGUCGUUGUCAAUUUGGACUUUGGACCCCAAAGACCAGCAGCAGAAAAACAGCUGAGUGCAAAAAAAUCACAUGUCCUAAUCCUCGUGUUUUUGAGAAUGGAGAAGUGGUUCCAUAUCAAGAGAGGUACUAUAUAAAUGAGGUUACCACUUACUUGUGUAAUUCUGUUUAUAAAUUUAGAGGCUCGAAAGUCUGGGUUUGCCAGCCUAAUGGCAAGUGGAAUGGAAGCACGCCAAUUUGUGGACGUGACUCUGAUCACUGUCCUGAUCCUGGCGUUCCCCCUGGUAGCAGUCGAACAGGCAAUGUGUUUAACGUUGAUGAUGAAGUCACGUACCACUGUGACAGUCCAUUGACCCUGAUUGGUUCCAAAUUGCGAAAGUGUCAGGAUGGUGGCCAGUGGACAGGAACAGAGCCACAGUGCUACGCUGAUUUCACAUACGACACUGUAGCAGAAGUUGCUGAAGCUUUCGGCAAUUCUUUAAAGACAAUGCUAACCAUUCAACAAGAGUCUGAAGAUGAUCAGCAUGGGAGGAAAAUAUGUUUGAAUAAGGGUCGAAAACUUGAUAUCUACAUUGCUGUGGAUGUGUCCGACAGCAUAAAUGAUUUUAAAAAAGCAAAACAAAUUAUUAAAACGCUCCUAGAAAAGAUCAGUUAUUAUGAGGUUUCUCCAAGCUUUGAGAUCCUGAUGUUUGCUACAGAUGUUUAUCGCAUCGUUAAGAUGAGGGACUUCAAAACCAUGCAAGUUGCAAGAAGACUAUCUAAAGUUUUUGAGGAUUUGGACAAUUUUGAUAAUGACAAAAAAUUGGAUCAAAAAAGCACAAAUAUCGCCAAACUUUAUCUGACCAUUUUAGAGAGCAUGUCAGUUGAGCAAAUCAUGAAUAAAGAAGACUUUCUUCAGACCAAACAUGUUGUCAUCGUGUUUACUGAUGGCCAAGCUAACAAGGGAGGGAAUCCCAGACCUCUAGCGGAACAAAUAAGACAUCUCGUUAUUAAAAAUGAUCCAAGUCGAGAGAAUAAUCUUGAUCUUUAUGUAUUUGGAGUUGGGACAGAUGUAAAUACAGAAGACCUGAAUGGCUUAGUGUCAGAGAAGGAGAAUGAAAGACAUUUCUUUAAACUUCGAGACUUGAACGAGGUGCAGAAGACGUUUGACAGCAUGCUUGAUGUAUGACCAGUGAGUGGUGUGACCUUAAGGAGGCCAGGCAUGAGUACUGGAACGUUUUGUUCAUCUUCUGUUCCUAUUUUUGAACAUCAGUUGACUUUAAGGUCACAUUGUAAGCUAUGUUGUAUUUAGAAUUCUAGAACAAAAAGUGUUCACAUAUUACAAAAUGUGUUUAAAAUGAAAAAUAUUUUUCUGUUUUGACUCAAAUUUUUAAAACUUAUUAUACAUUCCUAUGG